AUGCCUCCAGCUCACAACGUCCCGGUCAACCCGGACACUCUCAUCACCGUCAAGGCCCAUUUCGACGGUGAGAACAGACGCUUCAAGGUCCCUCUAAGAGACCUGGGGGCUCACACGUUCCCCCAACGAGAUAGGCAAUGUUUAGUCAUCUACCUACGCCCCAUCCGUCGACUUCUCAAUAUUCCACCCGGAACUGACGUCGUCCUGCGACGCUACUCUGACAGUGCUGGCGAGUUCCUUACCCUCGACAGCGAGCACCCUGCCGUCUACAAGCAGCUAUAUAGAGCUGCAAAGGCCAAGCUCAAGCUACGAAUCCACGUUGAUCGUGUCCAGCCAGAACCAGAGCCUGAGAUGCCCGAGAAGCCCGAGGUGAUCGUCGAGCCCGCACCAGAGCCAGAAGUGCUCCAAGAGCCCAAAGCCACUGGAUAUACCCCAGAGCCAGUCGAAACCGGACCAGAGAAGAUGAGCAGUCCCCGUGCCAGCUACCUGGAGACUGUCCUGCAUCGACAUGAACCAUCGCCCUCUCCGCCAGUAAGGACAUGCCGUAUUACUCCUCUUCCUCCACUGCCUGCAAACACGUCCACCGCCACCUACAGCUGUGCCAUCCUGAUCGACUGCAACCGCUGCAAGGCCUCCAUCCCCAACGAGCACUACCAUUGCAACGUCUGCGAGGAGGGUGAUUAUGACCUGUGCCAGGAGUGUAUCGACGCCGGCCACCUCUGUCCAGCGGGCACCCACUGGCUCAUCAAACGCUUCCUCGUUGACGGGCAGUUGGUCACCAGCACCACCGAAAUCGUAGGACCCAAGUUCACCAAGUCGACCAAGUCGGAGGAGCCAUUGCCGGAGCAGGACUGUGCUGUUCCACAGUACAAGCCCGAGCCUGUAGCUCUACUAGAGCCCGAGAUGCCUGAGCCGUCGGAGCCAGUCAAAGACACCUAUGUCAUUCACUCCGCUCUUUGUGAUGUCUGUGAUUGUCGAAUCAUGGGCGCGCGUUACAAAUGUCUCGACUGCCCCAACUGGGACGUCUGUGCCGCUUGCAUCGGUGAUGUGAAAUAUACCCAUCCAAGCCACCGCUUUGUCCCAUUGUUUUUGCCUAUCGCCCCUCGUACAUCCCAUACAGAGGUCCAUACUGGCGUCUACUGUAACGGCGCCCACUGUCAGGACAAGAUGGGCCAGGAGUACAUCACUGGCGUCCGCUACAAAUGUGUCGUCUGCCAUGACACCGACUUCUGUGAGACCUGUGAGGCACACCCUAACAGCACCCACAACAACACUCAUCCGUUGUUGAAGUUCAAAUCUGCCGUCAAGCACGUCUCUGUCUCUGCAUACGGCGAGAAUGAUAAGGGUGAGGUGAUGGAGAGAAUGGGCGACAGAGACGGCCCCGAGACCAAAAUUGGCAGUGUCAAGUCGGCCGCCACCGAGACUAUCCCCCCCUUCAUCAGCAAUGCUGCUACACAGGUUCAUCCUCCAAUGUCGCUUGAUGCUUUCUACGACGACUCAGAGCAAGAAAUCACCUACAAGAAACAGGAAGUCAUCGAGGAGAAAGAAGUUGUCAACCAGCCCGCUUCGGAAUAUGAAUCCGUCGCUUCUUCUCCUGCCCCAGCUGAGGAUGCACACAAGGUCACCGCCGGCGGCCUGAACCCCUUUGGCCUUCACACCCGCUUCGUUUGUGACACCAUUCCCGACUCCCACCCCUUCCCACCAAAUGCAGUCUUCACUAAGACCUGGACCUUGCACAACCCCGGUCCCAGUGCUUGGCCUGCUGGUACCAGUGCCCGUUUCGUCGGUGGUGAUGCCAUGUUUAAUGUUGACACCUCUCACGCUAUCAGCCUUUCUAGUCUGGUCAGUGCAAUGGAGAGCCAGCAUCUGUCUGAACCAGUCUACCCCGGCCAGCAGGCAGAAUUUACCGUUCAGAUGAAGGCCCCCACUCGCCCUGGAAAGGCAAUUUCCUACUGGCGCCUCAAGUCUGGCGACGGAGUGGCCUUUGGUCAUAAACUGUGGUGUGACAUCACCGUUACUGAGCAAACCGCUGGGGUUAUAGAGAAGAAGGGAGAGAUGGUCUUCCCCACUCUCGAGAAGGAGUCUCCCGUUGCAAGUGUGCAUGAGACCCAGUCCAAGCACAACCCAGACGCAGAUGAUGUUUCAGACUCUGCCUCCACCCUCAACGACGAGAUGGACGCUCCCGUUGAAGUUGUCGACUUGGCCGCGGAAGUAGACAGCCUCACUCUCGAUAUCGAGAACACGGAAGAAGACGACGAGAGCUUCCUCACUGAUGAGGAGUACGACAUCCUGGACGCAAGCGAUGAGGAGUUUGCCGAAGUUGCAAAGGCCUCAGAGAGGAAGUAA